AUGCUCGGAAUCGAUUACCCAGAUAGUGACGAGGAAGAGGUCGCGCCGGCGACAAAGACAGAGGUGAGACUCGUAAAUUUGACCAACAUUCCCGCGACAGUUGCGCCAGCUCCAGAACGUGCCACUGCGCCUCCACAUCUUGAACAAGCUUCCGGUCCCCAAGGCCCAGUCAACGGUCCUUCGCAAGGGCCUACAGUAUCACCGCCUCCGACAGAAGAUGGACCACCAGGCGAUGUUGCUCCCGGAUCACCCUUCACAACGACCCGCGCGUUGAUUCAGAACCUCACCCUGCCAACCGUUCCCAACUUCAACAUACCACCUUCACCGCCCGGAUCGCCACCUCAAACAGCGACGAAGAAGUUUGCGCAGUUUCUCGACCUCAAGAAGAAGAACCAGCAUUUCAACCAGCGAUUAGAGGGCUCGUCAGUGCUGCGAGAUCCGGGACACUGUCAAAGGUUGUUAGAUUUUGCAGGCAUCAGUGAGGAGGAAUCCUAUGCUUCUACGCUUUCCGAGGACGUCGCAAUACCAGCCGUCUUCCCGCCGUGGGCCUACGUGGAAGAGCUGAAGGCUUCGCAGAAACGCAUCGCGAAAGCAAAGGAGCAGGAGAAAUCAAAGACACCGAGAGAAUCUGUUGACUUUGUCUCUGCGACCAAAUCGGGGUCCUCGAUCUCUGCCUCAGGAAAGCGCAAGGAACUGGAGCAUAGGGGAAGAGAAGAUUCGAGCUCGAAAAGCACGUUGAAGAGCAGAUCAAGAUCACCUAAGAGAAGAAGAUCCAAGUCUAGGGAGACGAAUAGUAACAGGGGCACUGCCUAAGCCAUGUACAUUAGCGAUGAUAGACAUGAACCCUAGUUCGAAGGUGAGAACUAGCCAUGUCUCUUCAGAAGCUAGCUAUAAUUGAAUCCAUAUGC